UUCUCCAUUCAGGUUUCCGCCCCUCUACCGUUCUGCACUUCAACGCUCCGCCUUCAACACCUCCGCCCCAUACCUUCACCUUCCGGCUUCUCCUCCACUCGUUCAGCAAGCUGCCAACGCCCACACUCGCCGGAAUUCUCCCAGAGUCCCAGCAAACACCCUCCCGCAGCCGUGCUCCUUCACGCGACUCACGCCUUCACUCCUUCAUCAGCAGUCAGCGAAUCGUCUUCAGUGGCCGGAGACCGUCGUCCAAUCGUCCGGAAACCGGCAGCAGGCAGAGUCCAAGAUGCCACAGAAUGUUCCCCACCAAAUUUUGCAAUCACCAGCCAGGCUUGGCCUUCCAACUCCUAAUUCACCCUCUGUUCAAAACCCCCCCUCUCCCAAGGUAUCUUCUCAAGUCUCUCAAUCUUACCCUCGUCAACAGGCAAAUCUCCCGAAUACAACCUCCACUUCUUUAACUCUGCUUUCACUCCUCCCACCACUUUCUAGAGCUCAGUCUCUCCUCAUUCAAAUGGCUUCCCUUGCUUCUCGACUCUUUGAAGUCUCACCCAACCGGAACCAAUGGGUCAGUGCCUUUCGAGGUGCUAUGCCUUCAUUUUUACCUUCUCAACUCCAGGCCAGUCAACCAACUCCUCCUGACUCUUGUCCUUCAUCCACAAAAGAAAUCCUUUCUCUCUUCAAUUCUCUUCAAUCACAGCUAUUUGAAGCUGUUGCAGAACUUCAAGAAAUUCUUGACCUUCAAGAUGCAAAGCAAAGACUCUCUCGAGAAAUCCGUUCAAAAGAUUCUGCAAUCCUUGCUUUUGCCCACAAACUUAAAGAUGCAGAGCGUGUUCUCGACAUGCUUGUAGAUGACUAUUCUGAUUAUCGCCGCCCAAAACGGGCCAAAUCGGAAGAUAAUCCUGAGGACUCUUCAUUGACAACUGUUGCUACUCAGCUAAAACUGUCAGACAUAUUGUCAUAUGCUCAUAGAAUUAGCUACAGUACUUUCGCACCUCCAGAAUUUGGUGCUGGAACAGCUCCACUUCGGGGAGCGCUCCCACCUGCUCCACAGGAGGAGCAAAUGCGUGCUUCUCAGUUAUAUAAUUUUGCUGAUCAUGAUGUUGGUUUACCCAAAACAGAUGAAGGUAAGGAGAAAAUUAUUGAGCCACUCAUUGAAGCCCCAGUUGCCCAGCCAAUGGAAGUCAAUCAUCUUCCCAAUCUCUCAUCAAUUCAGGGCCUUUUCCCUUCAAAUAUUGUUGUACCAUCAGGUUGGAAACCUGGAAUGCCUGUUGAAUUACCCACUGAUCUACCGCUUCCUCCACCUGGGUGGAAGCCUGGAGAUCCAAUUCCCCUUCCUCCCUUGGACUCACUUUCUCUCCCUCCAAAGGUGGAGGAGCCACCACUACGACCACUACCUCCCCCCGGCCUGCCAAAGAUGCCAGAAACAAUACAGGUUCGGCAUGUGCAGCUUGACAUUGACGAUGACAGUAGUGACUACAGCAGUGAAGGAGCCAGCUCUGACAGUGAAGAUUGAUUUGUAUUGAGAAAAAAAAAAAAACAAUUAGCUUGUGUCUCCUAGAUCUGGACAAGGUCCACUAUACUAGUUUUAGUGGUAUGUUUUGUUGUAGUAUUUGAUAGCUACUAAUCUUCAGUCCUUGAAGAGAACAUGAGCUGAGUAGCUGACCUUGAUUGUCUCUAUCUUUUGAUUUUAUUUGAAUGGCCUUUAUUGUGGUUA